AUGGCAAAGCGUUUGCGCUCAGAGCAACCGGCCGUCCGCUCGCCCGUCUGGCACGGCCUGGGGAGGGACUCGACCUUCUCGCUGCAGGACAACUGCACAGGGACGAACUUCUUCGACUGCUUCGACUUCUUCGACGAUGCCGACCCUACCCACGGCGAUGUCGUCUUUGUCAACGACAGCGUCGCGUGGGCUCAAGGGCUCGUCUCUACCACCGCCUCCCAAGCCUUCCUCGGGGUAGACAACACCACUUCUCUGGGGGACAACCAAGGGCGCAACAGCGUCCGCCUCGGUACGAAGAAUACCUACGACGGCGCCCUGUUCGUGCUGGACGUUGCGCACAUGCCUUUUGGCUGCGCUACCUGGCCCGCAUUCUGGACCGUCUCCCAGACCCAGCCCUGGCCACUCGGAGGGGAGAUCGACAUCAUCGAAGGCGUGAACACGAACACCGUUAACCAGAUGACGCUGCACACUGGGCCUGGAUGCAAUCCGAACACCUCCACGUCAGACUACACCGCCCAGCAGAUCGGGACGACAUGUGCCAGCUCAGACGGGUCAAACGCCGGCUGCGGUUUCCUGGACAGGAGCAACACUUCCUACGGAGCGGGGCUGAACGCUGUUGGCGGGGGAGUGUUUGCUAUGCACUGGGAUGGUGGAGGAGUCUCUGCCUGGCAUUGGACACACGACGACCAGCCCUCUGACUUGGCCGAGCAGUCGCAGAGCCCCGACCCGACGACCUGGGGAACGCCCGACGCUGCCUGGGUAGCGGACGGCUGCUCGCCCUACACGUACCUCAAGGACCACCAGGCGAUCAUCGAGACUACGCUUUGUGGAGACUGGGCAAACUCGAACUACGGCGCAACGUCCUGUCCUGGGACGUGCUCGCAGGCUGUCCAGGACCCGAGCAACUUCAACGAGGCGUAUUGGCUUGUCAACUACUUUUCCGUUUUUAUAGAGAGCUAA